CUCAGAACUUCACCGACCUCCGGCAAGGUGAGUGCUACAGUGCUACACUAAUCUUCGACCGCAAGUUCCAGAGGACUUCCCGUGACACGUGUCCGAGUUUCAUAUUCGAAACUUUACGGAUCGGGGGCGCAAGCGUAUUCGGUUCUUAUCUGGCGAAAGAGAGGCGCGGCUAUAACCAUGGAUCCCAGUGUGCUCGCAAACAUGGACAAGGACGCGUUGAAGAAGCAGAUCGAGAACAUGAAGUACCAAGCCAGUAUGGACCGGUGGCCCCUGUCGAGGAGCAUUGCCGCGAUGAGGGAAUACGUGGAAGAGAACGAGAAGACUGACCCGCUGAUACACGCGCCCGACAAGAAGAACAAUCCAUGGGCCGAGAAAGGCAAAUGUAUAAUCAUGUAAUCAGGACGUAGAACCAACGGUUGAUGGGGGCGGAGGAGGAGAGGGGAAGAAGGAGGAGGACGGAGGGAGGUAACAUCGAACAAAGGAAGCGGAUCGUUUAGCCGCGUUUUAAAAGAAAACGGAAAACGGAGCAAAAGAGAGACACGGUGUAUCGAAGAGAAACGAUGAGGGAAAAAGACGAGGACUAGGACAACUAUUGCUGAGGAAUCGACAGAAUGAUCGAUACGUCAGACGAAGCGUCAGGCGCAUGUACCAAAAGGGCACAACAGGAGAUGCUGAAGUUAGGAAGGAGCGACGUCACACUCACUAGCAGGAGCAAAUUGUUCAACAGUCUAAUUCUUGGCGGUUACCUGUUCGUAGUACCUUUCCCGUUCGGCAUGCAAACUCAACGAGAGCAGCGUUUGAACUUGGUUGGAGCUCUCCUCGUUUCCGAUCUCUGCUGGAGCUGAAUCUCGAGAUCGAUGAUCGAACAGUGUAUGGACUCGCGCGAGGACAAAGCCACGCGAAAAGUAUUGUGUAUCGACAGACGUAUACCUACUUCCUUGUCUGGUUAUGCCAGACGAAAUACUUUUACCGUUUUCGAUAAGGAAUUGGCGGUAUAGAACUUUUUCUGUCGUCACAGGAACACUAACCAAUCGAGAACAGGCGCCAGUCGAGGUAGACGCGCGUGGGACUGCUCGCUGUCGAAUGUUGCAUGACGCGUGAUGGCUGAUAUUAUAUUCAUACGUAGGCUGUGGAUGUUUGUGCAAAUUCAUAUUUUUAUCGAUUCGUAUAGAGAAUGAUAAUUUUAAUGGAAAUAUGUUUUAUCUUCUAAAUGCUAAAAGGUGUAUUAUCGUUGAUAGUUUAUAUAUUUUUGCAUUUCUGCAUAUUUUUAUAGAUUUAUUAAUAUUUUUAUUUUCUAUGAAUGCAUACGUCCACAGGCUAGUCGUAUUUAUGUUACACCUAUCCUCUGACUUACAAAAUCAUGGCUUUUUGUAUCAAAAAACAUGUGAAUUGAAAAACGAAAAGAAAAUUGAGGCAUUUGACCAACUAAAUUUAUGUCAUGUGAGAGAAAUAAAAGAACAUCAGUCCAAUCAUGAAUGACAAAAACAUAAAUAUGUUUAUAUAUACUUUAUUUUUUCAAUUUUCAAUACCUGGGAAAUUAUAAUCGAAUUAUAAAAAUGCUGCAAAAACCAAAGGUAUGUAUCACUAACCACUGAACGCAAAGUUUUAAAAAUGUUUUAUUACAAAUAGCGUAACGAUAUCGACCUUACUGCCCUAAUUAAUAUAAAUGAUUAUUGUGUAGCCAAAAACGACACUAAAAACUUGACUUGUUUUCAAUGCUUUCCACUGUUAAAAAUCCAUUAUAUUGAAAGGCGUGUAAUAAAGUACCGUGUAAAUCGGGGGUUUAGGUGUAAUUGGUUGAAACUUUCACGUUGUACGUCUUUCUUUCUUUCUCUCGCGAGUAAGCGAGCGAGCAAGCGGCGACUCUCGUGAAUCUCAGCCAAGGACGGGAAAAAAGCAGAGACUGAACAAAUUUACUCGAACUCGAUCAACGCUUCUCGAAUAAUCGAUAGAAUAAUCGAAAGCAAAGGCCGACUGUCGCGAAACGAAAAAAAAAAUGAUUCGGAUGAGUUUGGGUUCCGUUCGAGCACUUUCGCCUCGUCGUUGUUCUGAACUUGUUGAUAUAAUCGAUGUUACGCGUCGACCACCAUGUGCAAUUCUUACCUGCUACUAUUGAAAACUCUUUGAAUCGUUCAUUACUUCAUUAAUGAUUUACCUUAAGUAUACAGUGUAAUCUAAUAUCAUUAUAUGUACACGCGUUACAUCAUAUGUCGUACGAUUAAUACACUAUGGAUAUUUGUGCGGAUUUCUUACGAAAAUAUAAUAUAUUCAUAUCAUUUAAAACGUACCCUUGUAUCCUGCGUUCUAUCCUAUAUGACUGUCGGUAUUUUACUUUGCUAUUUCGUAGCUUUCGUUUCGCAUAUAUUUAGGAAGAUUACGAAUUGAGUAAUUGCUGUGUAUAUGGGACAGAGGCACUCAAUCCUUUGCUGACGGUGUCUUGUUGUUAAUACUAGACAAAAUACUUUUACAUUUUUAAAUUACAAACACGCUGGUUUCGAAUUUUAUAUUAAUCAUUGUAUAUAUUAGGGCUUAUUUAUAUAAUUUGAAUUAUUCUAUAAUUACUGUAAGAUAUUCUUGUGAUUCUCUAAAAGGUCGAAUAUAAUUGUUUCAACUUGAAAAAAUUAAAUGAAUUGUCAAUAACUUCAAUCACUAAGUUUCAUUCAUAUUUUGGUUCGACUAAGAUAACUGAAACUUUACAUCAACGGCGUAUGUAACAAUUCAUUGAAUUAAAAUAAAAUUUGUACAUUGAAUACAGUAAUUCUUAAAUACACAUUAUUUUCCUGCUCUUCCUGAAGGUUCGUGCUCCAAAAUAUCCGUCUGCAAAGGGUUGAAAUUAGGUAUCCGGAAUAUUCGUUUACUUUUUGUCAAGAGGACACUGACAUCUGAUGUUAGUAGUUUUUUUAAGGUGAGUGUGUAAUGGAGAAACGAUGAUCUACUGCAAUUUUUUACAGUGGGUGUAGAAUGUAUUCGUACACCGAUCAAUUUCCCAAAAAACUUUUGUUUGAAAUUGUCAUUUCUUAACUUCUUUUUUUAUAAUCAAUGAUAUCUUACAUAUUCUCGGAAAUCUUUAAGAUAGAUAUAGUCCAAACAACAUUUACUAGUUAAUAUAAUUUGUGAAACUAACAAAAAAAUGCGAAAAGUGGGUAAAAGUAUAGAAGCAACAAGUAUUUGUACGAUUCUUAUGACGAACCAUUUACAGUAGAGUUUGUAACGUAAACACAUUAGUUUAUUGCUCCGUACGAAUUAGAAAACAUCAAAUUUACAGUAAAGUACUUUUAAAAAAGGUUCUAAUAGGAGAAUUGAAGAAGAUCCCACUUCGAAUAACUAAUAAUUUAGUUCAUUUAAUGCGUAGAAGAGUUGCAAUAAUUAUAAAAUCAAAGGAAAUCCCACGAAGGAAGUAUUAUGUACUUAUAAAUAAAUGUAAAUUUCUUUUUUUUUUUUAAUGAAGUUUUAAAAAUUAAACAGUUGUGCGAUUGUUUUUUUCUUGCUAAUUUCGCAAUUUGCAUAAGUAGCUAUUUUAUUUUGUACUCUAUCUAUUCUAGAGAUUUCCGAGAAUAUGUAGAAUGUCAUUGUUUAUAAAAAAUAAGUUAAUAAAUUACAAUUUUACAUAGU